AUGGACCAUCUUUACGGAGUAUACAACAUUCUUUCAAUUGUAGUAGGUCAGAAGUACUUAAAUCUCCAAAGGAUGUUCGACGUUCAACAGGAGAAGAAGAAGAAGAAGAAGAAGAAAUGGAAGCAUAUGAGGAACAACCAUCACAUCCUAUUGCUUGAGGCAUCUGCUCCAUCUGUUAAUAUCAACAGGAUGAACAGGCUAUCUGAAUCCAAGGAUGGAGAGAAGAACGGUGAUGCAAGACCACAACAAACUUUGUUGCGUUUCAAAUUUGCGACUCUAAAGAGACCUUCGUGUUUGACAACAAAGCGGAGUGUUCAGGGACACCGGUGGUUUCAAGAAGGUGAAGUCAAUAGGGAGAAGAAGUCAAAAAUAGAAGAAAAUCAUCAAAGAAUUGACUUGGCAAAUAUCGUCUCAGAUGUAAAAUAG